AAUUGGACGUCACACCACCUUUACCGAUUCGUACUCCUACUCCACCAGGUCACUCGCUCACUGGUGAGGGUAAUAAAAGGAAAAAAUCCCGUGAAGAAAAAGACUCUUUUUUUUCUUCUUGGUUUUUUGGAUCAAGUUCUCGACCCUCUUCACCAAGCCAUGAGUCUGGACCUCAGUCUAUGAGUAACGCACCAGCCAGAUCUAAAGGAAAAGCUCAUGCACGUAAACUUUCGGCUGGCAACUUAAAAGCAUUAACUGUACCUAACGAAGGCGAGCCAAGGAGAAAAUCCUUUGAUUUUUUUCCCCAGGAUAUGAGUGCACGAUAUUUACCCCCUCCAGAAAAUUUACCCAAUUUACCCCCUCCAGAAAUAGCCCCAUUUGCGUAUCAGCAGUGUGAAGAAAGUGAAAAAAGUUCAUUAACUUCGUUUACGGAACACCGACGAAAAAAGAGCUCAGAUAGCGAUUCUCUUAGUGUGAUAUCUCUCAAUCCACCUAAGGAAGAAAAAGAAAAAAAAAAGACUAUUAUAUUUAAUCUUUUCAGGAAAGGCUCCAAGGAAAAAGAGCCAUCGGUGCCUGAAG